UGUGAUAUCGGAUAAGUUAAUAAAUAUUUGUGUCAAUAACUAAAUGUAUUCAAAACAAAUCAACUUUGUCAGCGAGAAGACGAAUUUAAAAGUGGAUGCAGAUUUGAAGAAUGAUUUCAAUAUUGAACCGAUUUGUUGGCUUCUUCGUGUGGAUUAUUGGUUUUAAUGUCUUCUACAAUGCCACCUCAAGUGUUACUAAUUCAAAACAUACGUGUGCCCUUCCUUGGAAAAGAAAUUUUGGAUUAUCAGGCAAUGCAACAGAUGAGACUGGAAGAUUUCUCAAUGGAUUCAGAAAUAUAAUCACUGUUUUUUUAAAUAGUCAUGAAGAAGAUGAAAGUUUGAAAAUUCAUCUUGACAAAUGUUCCAAAGAUUUCAACUGUAAACUUUCUACUGUCCUAGACAAAAACGAAAAAGGUGUGAUGUUUCUUUGCAUAUUGGUAGGGAGAUCGGAAGUUUGUUACAUAUCCAAUUGUUCUUGUCAGAAAAAGCAAGUAAAACGAGAAAUUCCGUCAAUAAUUUUUCCGAAUGCGACUAAAGAUGAAGAUAGAAUUGGUGAUCGGGAUAAAGAUGAUUUACAUUGUGAGCUCAGAAAAUCAACAAAGCAAUAUCUACAAUAUAAAACAGUCAGCAGUUUCAACCAAAAUAUCAUCUGUACAAACGUUGUCACACAAAAUGGUUUCAAGGAGGAAAAUACUUCAGUCAAAGAGGAACGUUUAUGCACAAAUAGAAAAAAUAGAGGUAUGGGAACAACAUUUUUGCAUGAUGUCAUGACAUGCACUAGUAUUGAAAAGCAUUUUAACAGAAAAUAA